AUGCAUCUCGCACAAACCAACUACGAAGAGGUCGAAUCAGACUGUCAGAAUGUACCGCCUACCAAGUUCAACACCUGCUUUCAUACCGUCGAAGAAAUUCCAGUACACGGGAGCACUAAUCAUCUUUCACGCCCGUCAGAAGCACCUUACUCCUUCGAGCGAUGGCUACCCCUGGUUUUGAAAACACGAAAACUCGAUCCAAAGGCUGCACAAAUUGUCAAACUCACACGAGCAGAGGCCAAGCUCGUCGUAGCAGCCUCAGGCACCUCGAUCAUCACUGGUGAACACAACCGAGCAUAUCAGGAAGACAUACAGGAAGAAAUCAUCCCGCAUCUAUCGUCUCUUGAGUUCCCCGCCGAAGGUCUCUUCAUGCGUUUGGAUCGUUGCUCACCUAAAGAUGGUUGCCAAGCUGUACCGGUCAUUCGCUUGAUCACAUCGCAGCGAGCACGGAAUGAAAUAUCAAAGAGUCUUGAAGAGGGAAAUCCAACUGUCGACUUGACUUUCCUUCCAUUCAAUAAACGUAUGGGGAGCGAAAAGGAAUACCGAGUCUACUGUGCACCAGAGACGGUAGCCAUCUCCGCAGUAAGUCAAUACUGCUGGCAUAAACCUUGGCGCUUUGAUCGUGAAGAGCUCGAAAAUCAGACAAGAGUAGUGGAUCAAAUAUGGGAGGGAAUCCAGAAGAUUCACAAAUCAAUCCUACAUGAUCUGGAUCCGAAUGACCGGUUGGAUCAGCUGCUUUCAAAGCAAGGGCUGCCGUUCGAUGUGUUUUACGACGAGACAGACGAGACAUCGCAACUAGUCGAGUUGAACGUUUUCGGUGCGAGGAGCGGAUGCGGAUCGUGCUUAUUCCAUUGGAUCAAUGACUGGGACCAACUCUACGGCCAUUGUGAAAGGGUCGAGUUUCGAGUCACACGAGGGAACAAAAAACACACAGGUGUCGAUGUUGUUACAGCCACGAGCUUGGAUGGCUGGACGAAACCGUUUGGCCCUCAAGAUCUCAUGCUUGUCCCGCCAGCCCGCGUUUAA